AUGGUUAAACCAAUCAUUGCUCCUUCAAUUUUAGCAGCCAAUUUUGCCAAUUUAGGGUGUGAUUGUCAUAAAGCAUACGAUGCUGGUGCCGAUUGGUUACACAUUGAUGUUAUGGAUGGACAUUUUGUUCCAAAUAUUUCAUUAGGUUUACCUAUCAUCUCCAGUUUAAGAAGUGAAAUUCCAAAAUCUGACAAGAAGAGUUUCUUUGAUUGUCAUAUGAUGGUUUCUGAACCUGAAAAAUGGGUCCCUGAAAUUGCUCAAGCUGGUGGUGAUCAAUAUACUUUCCAUUAUGAAGCAACCAAAGAUCCUGUAGCUUUAGUGAAAUUAAUUAAAGAACACGGUAUGAAAGCUGCUUGUGCUGUUAAACCAGGUACUCCGGUUGAUGUUUUAUAUCCAUUAGCUCAAGAUUUAGAUAUGGCUUUAGUCAUGACUGUUGAACCAGGAUUUGGUGGUCAAAAAUUCAUGCCUGAUAUGAUGUCAAAAGUUGAAGAUUUAAGAUCAAAAUACCCAAAUUUAAACAUCCAAGUUGACGGUGGUUUAGGUAAAGAAACCGUUCCUAUUGCUGCUAAAGCUGGUGCCAACGUUAUUGUUGCAGGAACUUCAGUAUUUAAAGCUGUUGAUCCUAAAGAGAUGAUUCAAUUUUUAAGAGAUCAUGUUUCUGAAAAUUUGAAAGAAAGAGGUCUAUUGGAACAGUAG